AUGGCUUGGGUCGAGAACGGCUCUGCGCCCAAUGAAAUUUUCGCCACAACGUGGAAGAGUGAUACGACAGCCUAUGAAGUUUUGCGCCAGCGUCCACUUGGCCACUACGCGUACCAGGCAAAGUAUAAUGGCAAGGGUGGCAAGCGGGCAGUUAGACUUGACAAACGCGGGAUGAUGCUUGAAGGAUCUACAAAGGAGAACUGA